AUGGACUCGAGUUCUCUAUGCCUUCCGGAAUCACAGCUUCGACUGUCUGGAUCAACGCUGGAAUCAUUUUUGUAUACUGUACUCUUCCCGCCAAUUUGUCUUUUUGGUGUCGUUGGAAAUGCGUUGACCAUUUUGGUGCUGGUUAAUAAUGAUUUUAUGUCCAGAGCCAACAUCUUCCUAACGUGUCUGGCAGUUUGUGAUGUCUCAUUUCUCAUCCUUAUCAUUCCUCACUCAUUGGCGAAUUUCGAUCGAUUUGCUUUUAAUUACACAUUUCGUUAUUUGUAUCUUCCAUCGAAAAUGCACUUGAUUGCAUUCGCUAAUUGGACGUCGGCGGUGGCGAUAUGGCUCGUCGUGGGCGUCUGUUUCGAGCGUGUCGCUGGCGUUCGCUCGCCUCUCCAUCGUCUGACCACUCCGUCACGUGGCAAACUGACAACAGGACUGAUAAGUCUGCUGACUUGUUGUGCAGCACUCACUUUCUACAACCAUGUCAGCCAUCAUUGCUUUAUAAAGUCGUUUUGUAACGCCUCGCAAAUUAUGGCCGUCUGUUUGGAUGUCAAUUUGGAUGUCUGGCCCAACAACCGUACCAACAUCUCCCCGCCGGCUCUUCGUACCUAUGUAGCCGCGACGCGUGCCGCCAACGCGGCUCUCGUCGUCUUCCUUCCCAUGAUUCUGCUCGUUGUACUAAACAUGAUGCUCUUGUAUUAUGUCAAAAAACGCUCAUUCUUCAUGUACGCCUCCCUGGGUCGAGUUUCAGCCAGAAUGCGAAAAUCUGGUGACGUGGCACUUCCAUUCGUUGGCACUCUAUUCAGAAGGCACUCUGAUCAGAUUCUACAGCAAAGAACCGAACAUCGCGUGGCCGUUACCGUAUGCGCAGUUGUUACCUCUUUUACUAUCACUCAGGCCCCAUCUGCAGUGGUUCUAACUGUCAAUUCGUUAUUGAAAGAGAGGCUGGAUGCUCAUUGUCGUCAUUGGCAAAAGUUUGAAUUUCGUCGUCUUCUGUCUAUCGUCUUCAAGUUUCCGACGUCGUCUAGCCAACACUUUGAGAUCCAAAUAUGGCUCCAGGGAUGA